CCACGAUGGUGCAGUCAUCGAAUUUAAACUAAAUUGUAACUGCCUCAUUUGUUGUUUCAUUUGUUUUCGUACUUACAAGAAUAUUCAGCCAGGAAGAAAAAGGAGUCUACUUUAUAUCGUAAAUGUUUUAAUUUUAUAUACGAAUUGAUCAAAUUUACAGAUAUUUUUAUAGAAAUAGUGCAUAAUAGUAAUACAAUAAUCACAAACAUGAAUACAAGUAUGAAUAACAAGGGUGGAUUUCUAAACGACACACAAUCGGCUUCUGGCGAAAAGAAUUUUAGAAGAGUACAAAAUGUUAUGCCUGUAAUGAUAAAACAAAUAUUAAGUUCUUCUGGCGAGUUUGAAGUUUGGGGUGUUCCAGCACGUAUGAUUACAAUUCUUGGCAUAUUACGCAGUGUUAAUGAAUCUACAACUAAGAUCGCAUAUGAAAUAGAAGAUGAAACAGGUGCAAUCACAGCUGUUCGAUGGUUAGAAGCAAAUAAAACUUCGUCAGAACCAUCGUUGGAAAUAAAUAGUUACGUUAGAAUAAUUGGUCUUUUGCGCGAACAAAAUGGAGCUAAACAAAUUUUUAUAUUGCGUAUAUUACCUCUUGAAGAACUCAACGAGUUAACUAAUCACUUGUUGGAAGUCACUUAUGUUACAUUAAAGGCUGAACAAUUAUUUAAAGGAAAAAAUUCAAAUAACUCAGAUGAUGAUACGAAAACUAACGAUUGCUCUGGUAUGAGUCCAGAACAAGCUGCAAUAUUUAAUAUAAUACAAGCUGAUACUAGCGAUUCUGGAAUUGAAAGAAGUGUAGUCAAAGCUCGUACACCGGCACAUAUGUUAAGUGAAGUUGAUAAUAUCAUUCAUUUUCUUAUAUCCGAGGGUCAUAUUUAUACCACCUGUACGGAUGACCACUUUAAAGCAACUUAAUUUGUGAAUUUAAUAAUAAUUAUUUUAAUACUUUAAUAAUUAGAUAUAUAAAAGAUGUUAAAUAUAUAAGUUUAUAAAUUAGACUAGAUUAUAUUUUUAACUAGACUAUAUUUUUGUGUUUUUUUAAUAAUAAGAAUAGUAAUGCGUCUAAACAGAAGGAAACUAACAAUACAUACAGAUUAUGUGCUUGAACCCUACAAGGGAAGCGAUAAACAUACAUACAUAUGCAGACUACAUUUCUCUGCCGAUAGUUUACUUCAAAAUAUUUCUUUUCUUUACUUUUUUCAUGAAAUUUCACUACAUUCUUCACAAAUUAAACUGAAGAAAAUAAUGAUGUUGUGUUUUGUCAUUCGUUAUUUUUGUUAAAUUUACUCUCAUAUCAGAUAAAUAACAAUAUCGAAGU